AUGUUUACAAUUUUUAACGAAGCUAUCAUGAUUGUCAAAGACGUUUUCAAUCUUGAGCUAUCAAAAGAUGAGGACACUACUCCUAGCAAGCAGCGCUCGGUGUAUCAUAGGCCAAGUGUUGCCGAUGCGCUCGCUGUGAAGGAAAUCUUGCUAGCAAAGCUCCCCAUGGAAAUGGUAGAUACAAUCAUUGACUCUGCAGAAUAUUGGCCCCAUACUAGUGUAGCUCUAGAGCAAGGUCAACCUGAGAAUUCAAGUCAAAAUAAAACUUCUAUUAGCAUUGUGGCUGGCACCAAUGAAAAUUGUUUCUUGCUGAGGUCUUACCCACUUGGUUAUAUUCCCAAGGUACACGACCCUUCUAAUAUCUCAUUUGAAUCCAAAGAAUACCCAAAUAUUACACCUAGGCCAGGAGUCACGCCAGAUAAAACAUCCUCUACGCUUGAGCUUACUAGAAAGACACUUUCCCAAUGGACUGAUGAAAGCCAAACACGAGGAGAUUUUCCUUGUCGAAGGAUAGUAUUUACAAUAAAAUCUCACGAUCAGGGCUGGGGGGGCUCUUUUGGACAUCGUGGAACAUAUCAAGGAUCCUUCACAUGGUUUGAAGUUGGCAAAGAGAAGAUAAUAUGUGUCAAGGAUAAAAUUUUAGAAGGAAAGAUUAUCGAUAAUGGCGGGGAUUUGAUCAAUCUUCAGGACUUACCUCAGAUACUUUUACCAAAAUCUGUUCUAGAAGUACCUGAAAGUUCAGAAUCAGUGCGCCCAGUAUGUACGACCCAGACCCUAUCUCCAACAAUAAAUUCUUUAACUACUGAAUCAUCGUACCUCGAAGAAGCUCCCCGUACAGAGCAGAGUUUCUUCCAUCCGCUAUUGCCUGAUCAAAAUAUUCUCCAAAAAAAUCUGACCGCUAUUGGAAGUACAAAAGAGCAUGUUGUUGUAUGGUCUUACGAUGAUGACAUUAACCCUAAAUCAGAGGCUGCCAUUGAAUUGGAAGAGAAUGGUCGAGGCUGCAACACCGGGAACGGCUCAUACGUGAGAAGCAUGAGACCUGGCGAUAUUGUGACCGUAUGGGGUAAGUCUAGGUUUAGUCAAUGGGUUAACUACGUUGAGGGUCUGAAUAUAGAUGUUUACUGGGCUGUAUGA